GACAGUAGUGUGAGGGCUCUCUCUGUGGACCACAGGGCCUUUGAUCCCUGUGGAGUCUGCAGGCUCCUGUUUAUCUGCAGCGUUUGAGAAACAUGGACCCCAGGCGUUUCCUGGCGAGCCCCCACCUGACUGUCCCCUGUUCUUCCGCCGCAGGGAAGGAACUGGUGCUCUUCCUGCGCCCGCGAUCCCAGCUGCGGCUCAGCACCGACCUGGAGGCCUUGGAUCUGGGGGGCCUGCGGCCCGACCGGGAGCUGGCCCGGGUGUCCGUGCUGUCCACCGACAGUGGCAUCGAGCGGGACCUUCCCGCGGGGGCUGAUGAGCUGCCGGCUCCCAGCAGCCCCGAGAUGGAGCGUGGGGGACUACAGCGCAAAGGAGGCAUCAAGAAGCGUGCGUGGCCCCCAGACAUCUCGAUGCCGGGAAGCUGGGACGGGCCCCCCGGGCUGCACCGGAGGACGGGCAGGCCCAGCGGGGAUGGGGAGCUGCUGCCCGGCAUCUCCCGGCUGCACACGGCCCGCGUGCUGGUGCUGGGGGACGACAGGAUGCUGGGGCGCCUGGCCCAGGCCUACCACAGACUCAGGAAACGAGAGACCCAGAAGUUCUGCCUCACGCCCAGACUCAGCCUGCAGUUCUACUACAUCCCUGUGCUGGCGCCUGAGGUGACGGGCAGGGCAGGAGCGAGGGGACCCCUGGGCUAGGGACGGGGCAGGCACACACCUGUAGCCUCAACACCCUCUGGCUC